AUGUCCUUCUCUUCCGAACAAUUUGUUAGCAAAUUGACCAAACUGGAGGAUUCUCAGGAAUCAAUUGCCAGUGCAUCUAAAUGGCUGUUAUCCCAACAUAGAGAUGCCCCAAAGAUUGCAGAAUGUUGGAAAACAUACAUGCUUAGGAACGAUAUUAAUUCAAGGAGAAAAUUAUUAGGUAUUUAUGUGGUGAACCACGUUGUACAACAGGCUGCAGGACAAAAGAUAGGACAUUUCCAAGAGGACUUUAAUAAAGUUAUAGAGGAAGUAUUGACAACAACUUUCCCCGAGUUCUCGAGUGACAUAAAGAAGAAGAUAGCCAGGGUAGUUAGUAUUUGGAAGAGUAGAGGUAUCUUUUCUAGACCAACUUUAAAUAAAAUCUUGGUUAGUUUUGAAAAGAAUAAGAAUACUAACGACUCUGAUAAUGUGAAAUUACCACCUAAGAUAAAGCCUAUUGUGGAAACAAUUAAGAAGAUAGAGAGGACCCAGGUAAAUCUACAUGCAAUGAAGACAAGAUUUGAUAAUUCUGUUAAUGAGCUGGAUGUUUCUAGUGUAGUGUAUGAUGAAAAUUUUAAGACGAUUACCAAAAUUUCUAAUUUAGCGAAGGAUACAAUUGCGAGCUCAAUCAAUGAAAGAAACGGUUUAAUAAACUUAUUGAGUACAAUGAUAGAGGAGCAAAAUAAAUUGAUAGUUGAGGAGCAAACUAUGGCUAGUGAAAUUGAUUUUGUUCUCACGGCGAAAGAUCCUGCAAACAUCAAUAAUAAGGACAAAACUGACGAAGAUAUGCUACCUACAUAUGAAACUGCUGGGGAUGAUAACUAUGACAGUGACAGUGACAGUGACAGUGAUAGUGACAGUGAAAACGGAAACGUAGACAAUGUAAACAAACAAACCACCUCAAAUGAUAUUUCAUUAGAUACAGCAAAUGCACUUGAACAAAUGAAUGCAUUAGCCCAAGAGAAUAAAUCAAAGCGAAGCAUUGAUGAAGUAGAGCGUGACGAUAAUAGCAAUAAUGGGGAAGAUAAAAACGACGCUAAAAGAGCAAAAGAAGAUGAUGUUUAUGGAGGAGAAGAAUACGAGCCUGCCAGUCAUGAUUCUAACGAAGAAGAGAAUGCUACCGAUAGUAAUAAUGUCACCUCCAGUAUACAGGAUUUGUUAAGUAAACUGGCAAAUUAA